AUGACAGGCAUCGCCGCCGCCUCCUUCUUCUCCAAUACCUGCCGCUUCGGGGGCUGCGGACUUCACUUUCCAACCCUGGUGGAGCUCAUCGAGCACAUCGAGGACAACCAUAUCGAUACGGACCCACGUGUAUUAGAAAAACAAGAAUUACAACAACCCACAUAUGUUGCUCUCAGUUACAUUAAUAGGUUUAUGACUGAUGCUGCUCGUAGGGAACAGGAAUCUCUGAAGAAGAAAAUCCAACCUAAACUCUCCUUGACCUUAUCAAGCUCAGUGUCCCGUGGGAAUGUAUCUACUCCUCCACGUCACAGCAGUGGAAGCCUUACUCCACCUGUCACACCUCCGAUCACCCCUUCCUCCUCAUUUCGUAGUAGCACACCCACAGGUAGUGAAUAUGAUGAAGAAGAAGUAGAUUAUGAAGAUUCAGAUAGUGAUGAGUCCUGGACCACAGAAAGUGCUAUCAGUUCUGAAGCUAUCCUAAGUUCUAUGUGUAUGAAUGGAGGAGAUGAGAAACCUUUUGCCUGCCCUGUUCCUGGGUGUAAAAAGCGAUAUAAGAAUGUGAAUGGUAUAAAGUAUCAUGCCAAGAAUGGCCACAGGACACAGAUCCGUGUGCGGAAACCCUUCAAAUGCCGCUGUGGAAAGAGUUACAAGACAGCUCAGGGUCUGCGGCACCACACAAUCAACUUCCACCCACCAGUGUCUGCUGAGAUUAUCAGGAAGAUGCAGCAAUAA